ACAAAUUAUGCUUUUCGUCUGUUUUUUGUGUGAUUUGUGCUUAUUGUGUUUUUAGUUUGUGCCUUUAUUUUCAAAAUGACUGAGCCGCAGUUUUGUCUUAAAUGGAAUAAUUUCCAUACUAACUUAAGUGAUGUAUUUCAUAACAUGCUUCUUAAUGAAAGUAUGGUAGAUGUUACUAUUGCAUGUGAAGGAGCCAGUCUGAAAGCUCAUAAAAUGAUUCUAGCCGCAUGCAGUCCCUUCUUCCAGAGCCUUUUCAUUUCAAAUCCGUGUAAACAUCCGAUUGUUAUCCUGAAGGAUAUACGAUUUGUCGAUCUCAAGGCAACUAUAGACUUUAUGUACAAAGGUGAAAUCAAUGUUACUCAAAGUCAGCUGGGCUCUGUCCUUAAAACUGCUGAAACUCUCAAGAUUAAAGGUUUAACCGACGUUGUACAAAGACAUCGAGACCAGAAUCCAAUUGAGAACGAACCAGACAAUAUUAUCACAGCUGACAAUCGAGAUACUCAUCUUCACGAUUCCUCUCCACAUCAUGAUGUGCCUAUGGUGACUGUCACUGAAACGGCAAAUAUAUCUCAGUUAAUGCUUGAACCUUUGACCAGUAACCAGCUUCCCGGAGUUAAACGUAGAUCUAUCAUGCAAAGAACGUCCGCUUUCGCCCGAGUACAAAGAUAUCGAGAUGAAACUUUUUACGAAAUUAAUAAUGUAUUACACUGUAAAGCUUGUGGAGAGAUCCUUAAUCAUAAAAAACUAUCCGUUAUAAAACAUCACAUUGAAAGUCAAAAGCAUGAAUUAAAUAAAAAAAGGAUGAGUAGUUCGAGUCAAACAUAAACCGGAGCAAAUUAUACUUUUAUAACAAUUAAAGUAAAUUUAUUGUCACA